AUGCUUACAGAUGUCAAGGCUAUUGAAGUUGCAACUCAUAUACCACCAGUAGUGGACAAAAUUCUAAAUGAAACUCGAAGAAUUAUAAACGGCGAAGAAGUUAGAGACGGCAGGGCUUACAUGGUAUACCUAAAACUUCCGCGUAGUAACAAAAAAACUCCUAACUACCGUUCAUGGUUGUGCGGUGGAGUGAUUAUCCAUGAAGAGUACAUAUUAACUUCGGCAGCGUGUAUCGAAGAUGCUGAACAUUUCUAUGUCGUUUCUGGAACCUAUAAAUAUUCUGAUGAAGAUGACAGAUAUAACAAUCCUUGUAUUAAAAACGGUGCAAAGAAAGCCAUAUGGAAGUGUGUUCCUAAAAAUUACGUAUUUGAUGGUCACGAAAAUGAUAACAUUAGAUGGAUGAACAACGACAUAGCUGUUGUUAAGAUAGAAGAUGGCUUCGACUUCAAUCGUCGUAUACGAGGAUGUGAUUUCAUACCAAAACCAAUUUGCUAUAACAAUCAAAGUCAAACUUUAGAGAACCCUGGUACUGUCGUUAGUAUAGCUGGCUGGGGAACCACCUCUAGAUACAACGACUGGGUGAGCCGACGAAAAGACAAUCAGCAGAAUCUUCUAGAAGCACACGUAGAAAUUAUUCCCAAAAACAGAUGCAAGCGUCGCUGGGGCUCGAGAUAUCAUAAUAUUAUUGAUAACUACAUGAUAUGCACUAAAGAUAUAGGACAGACCAUGUCUGAAAUUUGUAACGAGAAAUAUGUUGACUGUCAAGACAUCAGUUACUCAGAUGAAGAUGACGGGAGAAGAGAUAUCAAAGUAACUAAAACUGAAAAAGUACCCACUAAUCUAGUAAUGCAUUCAGCCUACCACAACGAGUCUAGACGGUAUAGUACUCAGGCUGAUGGAGGAUUUUGUGAAAAUGAUCACGGUGGCCCACUCGUAUAUGGCACUGGUGUAAAUUCCAUCGUAAUUGGAAUAAUUUCUGCCUGUCUUGUCAAGGAGCGCACCAACAAAUGUUACGGACCAUUCCUCUAUACCAGUAUUUAUAAGAAUCGACAGUUUAUCUCUUGCGCUAUUUAUAAGGAUGUGGAGCCUAAGUGUAGACGCCAAUUUAGAUCUGGAAUCACCCAUGUCGAAAAAGUUUUAUCUUGGAAGAAUCAUCCCGAUGGUCCAGCUAAAAAUGAAAUAGAUACAAAACCUGCGCAAGUGGUUCAAAGAGCGAAUGAAGAUAUUGACAGAGACAAAGUCUAUUCGGAAAGUGGUUUUAUUCAACGAGCUGAAAAACAAGCUAAAACGAUAUCAAAUGUUAGUGAUACUGUAAAAUCUGUGUAA